UUUUAAUGUCAACAGCAGGCUACUUAAAUAAAUACAAUAACAAGAAAUAAAAUGAUACUAAAUCCAUUAUAAGUUAAUAAUCAAGCAAAAAAGUAUCCAUUUAAUCAUUACUUAUAGAGUACAACAACAGAUGUAAAAACAAAAGAAGAAAUAUUGAAUAAAAUGCAAUAAAAUGAAGAAAAACAUAGAUUGUUAAUGAUAGAAAAUAAUAAAAGAAGAAAAGAAUAAGAAAAAAAACUUAAAUAACAAGAAGAAGAAAAAUAAAAAUAAGCAGCUGCUUUACUAGAUUAAAGAAAAAAAACAAAAGAAUAAGCUUACAUUAAUUAUUUAAGAAAUAAUACUAAAUAAAUAUUAGCUGAUUAUUAACCUAGAUAAACUGAUUAUCCUAAAUAAAAUUUAAAACCUCAAUUAGAAAAAAAAGUAUAAACAAAUUACAAUAAUUUUGAAGCACUUGAUCUAGAAGUAUCUCAAGUUGCAAAAAAUAAAAAAUUGCCUUAAGAAUUCUAAAAAUAAUGGGAAGAUUUUGAAGUAAUGAAGAAAAGUGAGCUUCUGGAUAGUCUUGACUUAAGUAUGGCUCAAAAAUAAAAACCAAUUCCUAAUUAAAAAAAGAAUGAUUUAAAACAAUUAUUAGGAUUACCAGAAGAAUGUAGUGAUGAUGAAGAAGAUUUAUGGAAGAACACUUUGAAAAAUGGAUAAUUAUCUAAAUAAAAUUCAAAACCUCCUUUAUCAAAACCUACUUAAUGGGCAGAAUAAGCUAUUACUUAAGCUGAUGAUGUUUUGUCUAAAAUGAGUCAAAAACAAGGAACUGAAAGAGAUAAAAAAGAAUUAGCUUAAUAAAAAUCAUAAUAAGAAUCUUUAAAUAUUAAAUAAAAGUAAAAUUCUUCAUCUGUACCAAAAAAAUCUACUUCGAAUAAAAAUUCAGAAUAAAUGAAGAUAUUAUAAUAAAAAGAAUAAUAAUUGUUAGCUUAAUAAAUGUUAAUUUAAUAAUAAUUAUAAUAAAAUACUGCUGAUAACAAUUAGAAUUAUAAUAAUAACAAUACUAAUACUAAUAAUUAAAGAAAGCCUCCAUAAAAUAUUAGAAUAACCAAUAAACAAAUACAUAAAUAACCAAGUAGUGUUUAAGAUGAACAAAAUCAUAUUUAAGAAUUUCUUAGGGUAUUUAUUUGUAAUAAUAAUUAUGAUAGGAGGAUCUUUAAAAUAUCAAUGAUAUGGAAAUGUAGAUAUAACUUGAAUUAAUGAAUUUGAAUAAAGAGAACAAAUAAAAAAUAGAUUAAGUUUAGUAAAAAUAUGGAGUUAGAAAUUUACAAUCUUCUAAUCAAGUGAAUAGAAUAGUGUUCGUUUAAAAUUAAUAUCCAAGUAUUGUCCAUUAAUAUUUUAGUAAAGUCAUAAGAAGAUUAGAUUGAAGCAUCUUUAUUAAAAUUAGAUAUGAUGCUUUAAUAACCUCCUUAAAAACCAAUAGAACAACCAUAAUUAUAGUUUAAUAAUUAACAAGAACAAUAAUAAAUAAACUACGCAAAUCCUUUAUAAUAGAAUACAUAAUCUAAUAGUUAGUAAUAAUAAACUUAAUAAUAGUAAUUAAAUAAUUAAUAUGGUUAAUAAUAAUAACUAAGUCCUUAAUAAUAUUAAUAAUUAUUAGAAUAGUAGAAUUUACUCUAAUAGUAAUUAAUAAUGGCCUAAUAAUAAAUUUAAUAAAUGUAGUAAUAAGCUUAGUCUUCGAAUAAAACCAUAAAUUAAUAAUAAGGAGAGUUUCCUCAAUUCCCAUCAUAUGUUCUUCAUUAAGAUCAUUAAUCUUUUGUUUAAACAUUCUCAAAUGGUAUCCCUUAAUAAUAAUAAUCCUAAUAAUAAUUAUUAUAAUAGUAAUAAUAAAAAUAAUAAACGAUCAAUUCUAAACCAAGAAAUGUUAUUUCAAAUGAUAAUUAAAGUAUUUCAAUAGUAUCAUCUUAAUAAAAUGAUAAAUAUACAUUUGAUUUAGAUUUUGGAAUGCAAAAAAAUGCAUAAAAUACUUAUGCAUAGUAAGCUUUAAAGAAAAUGAGCCAAAAGUAAUCAUAAGUUAAAUCGAAUAUUCCAAUAGAGGAAGAAGAAGAGUAAGAAGAAGGCAAGAUAGAAGUUAGAAAGGAUUUAAGAAAUCUUCUUUUUGAUUGA